UCACGUGCUAGUUCCUUCUCACAGCCCAUUCCCCACAGCCGGGGCGGACCGCAGGCAGCUCCAGGAGACUCACGUCUGGGAUCCUCACUCUUAGACUCCACACUGAAAGCAGGGUGAGGCCUGCCUGCGAGGCCAGGCAGCUGGGAGCGUUCCUUAAAUACAACUAAGGAAUACAGGCAACAUGUUCUACACUCAUGUGCUUAUGAGUAAACGGGGGCCAUUGGCCAAGAUAUGGCUUGCAGCUCACUGGGAGAAGAAACUUACAAAGGCCCAUGUGUUCGAGUGUAAUCUAGAAAUAACCAUUCAAAAAAUUAUUUCACCUAAGGUGAAAAUUGCACUCCGAACUUCAGGACACCUUCUUUUGGGGGUUGUUCGAAUCUACAACAGGAAGGCAAAAUACCUUCUGGCAGACUGCAGUGAAGCAUUCCUUAAGAUGAAGAUGACAUUUCGCCCAGGACUGGUUGACCUCCCCAAAGAGAAUUUUGAAGCAGCUUACAACACUAUCACAUUACCAGAAGAAUUUCAUGAUUUUGAAAUCUACAAUAUAAAUGAGAUUGAUAUUUCGGAGCCCCUUGCUCAGAACCAAAGUAGACCAGAGGAAAUCACACUUAGAGAAGAAUAUAGCAAUGAUCUACUUUUCCAAGCUGGGAGCUUUGGGGAUGAACCUGAAAUCCUCAGAAGACAUAGCUUCUUUGAUGACAACAUAUUAAUGAACUCCAGUGGUCUUGUAGUCGAACAUAGUUCUGGAAGCUUCGCUGAGGAAAAAUCUUUGUUCUUUGACAAUGGAGAUGGAUUUGGAGAUGAAGGAGCUGCAGGAGAAAUGAUUGACAAUCUAUUGCAAGAUGAGAGUACCUUUUUAGAAGAAGCAUAUUUGAACAAAGAAGUGUCUCUGCCUCCUGAGCUUCCCAGUAGUAUAAUGGUAGAACCAGGUAAUUCAGAUGACCAAUGUAUACCUGAAGAUGAAGAAAUAAAUGAAAUAACAUUAUUAUCAAAUGAAGAUGAAGGAUUUACUCUGGACCCAAUUGAUGAUUUAGAUAUUGCUGACAGGAGGAGAAGGAAAAAGAGGAGAUUGCUGGUAGAUCCAGUCAAGGAGAUAAGCAGCAAGGCUAUGCAUAGGCAGCUUGCUUCCUUUAUGGACACUCUCAUGGUUCUGGACCUUGCACCCCCCACACAAAGAUUGAUGAUGUGGAAGAAGCGGGGAGGAGUGGAUAUGCUUCUGUCAACUGCUACCCAGGAUUUGAUUAAUGACGAAUUGAAAAUGUUGUUUACAAAAUGCUUCCUGUCCUCUGACUAUAAACUUGCAAAAUUGACACUGAAGGAGUCAGUAAGGAAAGAAGUGGGAAACCAGCAGAUUGCAGAACCCUCAGUGAUGGGAGAGCCAAAUUCCCACAGUGAGUUAGAUCAACCCCAAGAUUGGAAGGAUGUGACUGAUGAAUCUGUGGGUAGCUUUCAGGAGAACGUCAACAUGAAUGUUAACUCUGAGCAGGAUAUUCUUGGAAUGAUUUCUCCAGCUGUUGAGGGAUUGUCUUCAAUGAAUGGGUCCUUGGCCCAAGAAAAUUGUCCAGCUGAAUUGGAGUCAUCAGGCAGCAAACAAAAUACUGAGGCAGAAAAAUGGAAUCAAAGAUUAUUUCAAACAUUAAAUGUGUUACGGGAAUUCAACAAAAUGGGAAUGCAGUCCUUUAGUCUGAAAAAGCUAUGCAGAAAUAGUGACCGAAAACAGGCAGCUGCCAAAUUUUAUACUCUUCUCAUCCUGAAAAAACAUCGUGCUAUUGAGCUGAGCCAGAGUGUUCCCUAUGCAGAUAUUAUAGCUACAGUGGGACCAAUGUUCUAUAAGAUGUGAAAGAAAUCCGCAGCAUGCAGGUUUAUACCAUCACUGGCACCUCUGCAGAGACUGAUCAGCUUGAUGCAGAAGCCAUCUGGAAGCAGCUGAUGGUCUGAUCCAUUUCAUAGACAGGCUGGCCUCCCUUUUUCUAUCUAGAGGUCAGAACAAAUACAACCAGAAUUGGAAACCUAUGUGGAGACAGGUUUUUUUUUUUUUUUUUUUUUUUUGACUUAGCUGAUUUGAAUGUGUGGCAUUUAUCAUUGCCCUGAUCUGAAUGUUGCAUUUAGGUUGUGUUUAGGAUACAUUAUAAAAUACCGUGUACCUACAGGAAACAUUUAAGGGUGUUUCUAAAACACUUUUAUAUAUUAGGUUACUAAAGUUUAUGGGGCUAAUGAAUGAUUGAUAUUUUCUUACUUGUAGAUAUCAGUUUAUUUGAUCUACUUUGUAUCAUUGAUAGUGCCUAACUCCCUGGGUUUUACUCUAAUAUGCAAUUAUAAAGAGCCUGUGUGUGUGUGUGUGUGUGUGUGUGUGUGUGUGUGUGUGAUGCAAACACUUGUUUAAAUAUUUUUAUUUUAGAUUAUUAAAAAAUUGGUUUGAUUUCCUGAUUUUUGGUAUACAUCUCUAAUAUAUAUAUUAGAAUACACACACACCACAGUCUAGACAUAGUAAUAUCAUCUUUAAAAAAAUCUUUUUGAGUUAAUCUCCUGUGGUAGUUCCCCUGUUCUGUAGCUGGGUGCUAUUCUCCAUGACUACACUUGUGUCUCUUUGGGAAUGUUAUAUAAAUGGAAUUAUAUAGCAUAUAACCUUCUGAGACUGGUUUCUUUCACUCAGUGUAGUAUCCUUAAUAUGCAUCCAAGUUCUUUUUGUAUCAGUAUUUUGUUCCUUUUAAAGGCUGAGUAGCAUUCUGUUGCCUGCUUUUUUAUCCAUUAAAAGACUUUAAGUACUUCCAAUUUUGACUAUUACAGAGCUGUAAGCAUAUGUAGUUUUAUACAUAUGAGUGUUUAUUUCUGUACAAAUAGCAUUUCUGGGUCAUAUGUAAAUGUAUAUUUAACUUUA